GCAUUCAUUUUGGUUUUAUUCGAUUAAUUCAUACAUUGAAUGCAUUGAAUGAUUGAUUCAAUUAUUGAAUAAUUAAGUGUUUGUUUAGUUAUUAUUGAUAUAAUAACUGGUUUUCAAUUGAUUUGCAUUUUAGUUAUAAUUUGAAUCAAUUGUAUCACUAAAUGGUUUGUUAAGACAAUGUCUGAACAAUUGCAAAUCACCAAUAAUUGGGUGACUGUCGAGUCAACCGAUUGUAUGGAUACCACAAACAAUGAAUAUCGGGACUCACGGGACAAACAUGUGGCCAAUAAAGACUCGGCGAUUGAUGCCAAUGGUGGUGAUUGUGGGACCAAAUCAGAUUCCGAUUCAGAGACUGAUAGAAGAAAACGCAAGAAGUCUAAGCAUAAGUCAAAAUCAAAGAGAAGGAGACAUAAGUCGUCAUCGAGUUCUAGCAGUUCAGAGUCAACGGAUUCGAGUGAUUCUGAAGAUGAUCGCAAAAGACGAAAAAAGAAAUCUAAGAAACGUAAGCACAGAUCGUCGUCGAGUUCGAGUUCAAGCUCUGAUUCGUCUGAUUCAAGUGAAUCAGAAAAAGAGAAAAAGAAACGAAAGAAAAGAUCAAAGAAAAAGAAAUCAAAGAAACAUAAAAAAGAUAAAAAAUCUUCAGACAGUAAAAGGAAAGCAAAAGUGAGUAACGAAGAGAAGAAAAAAGUUAAAGAAGAACCAGAAGUGGAAUUCGUGACCGUUAUGUCUGUCGGAAAUUUACCCAUUGAACUGAAAUGGCCUAAAAAUCUAAUUAAAUUUACAAUAACUGAACCUAUUUUACAGCAUAGCAUUAAUCCUAAAGUAAACAUAAAUCCCGAUGACUUCAAACACUCGGCAGUGUUUGACAAAAGAAAUAAUUGUGAAAAUGAGUCCAAAGAAAAGUUAAACUCAGAAUAUGAAAAAUUUAUCGGCGAAUUGAAUCCAGUUUCAGGUGUUAGUAAUAACGACGAUUCACAUGAAAUGGAAAUAAAAUUGAGAGAAAAAUUAGUUAAACAAUUGAAUGAUAAAAGAAGUCAUCAAAAUCAUGACUCAGAUCGAAGAAAUUCAGAUAAGAAGAAGUCUGAUUUGAUUGAUGACCACCGAAGACGAGAUGAUAGAUCACCAAAUGCUCAAAGAAGUCCAUCGCAUAGGAGCCAUAAAUCUGAGAAACAUGACUCUAGAAGUAAUAAGUCACACGAAAGAGAUAGUCUUCAUAAAACAAAUAAUAGUAUUAGCGAUCGCUCGCAUAGUUAUCACAGUUUUGAUAAAAAGCAUUCUAAAGAUUAUUCAAAUACUUCAGACAAAAAUUUAGACGACAAGAAGAGAACUGCUCGAGAAUUGUUGGAAAAAGUUAAACAAAAGAAAGAUUUAAAUAAAGAAAAAGAAGACAAAACUAAAAGUAAAGAGAUCUCAUCCCAUAAAAGUAAGGGUUUACCACAAACAGGCAAAAUACCCGAGAAAAAGAAGUGGCUCUCAAAGACUAAAACUGCUACGACUACUACCACCGCAAACGCUGACUCUUCUCAAAGCACUUAUGUGUCGCAACCAAUGAAACUUAAUAUGAAUUUUGAUUACAAUUGGUAUUAUAAUUAUUAUUAUAACUCAUUGUAUGGAAUGGCUCAAUACCCGCAAACCAAUGACCCAACAUUGGCCUCAGCCUAUUACGCCCAGUAUUCUAUGGCCACGAGUUAUGAUUACAGUCAAACAGAUUUAACUAAUUGGGUCUCAGAAAGAGGUUAUUCCAUUGAAACACCACAUAAUGAGCAACAAAUUGAAAGUAAUACUAAAGAAAAUAAUGAAAAUAACAUUCAAAAUGGAGAACAAACUAUUUUGACGGGUGUUGUGUCAGAUGUGAUUGAAAACAAUUCAACUCUUAUUUCUGAUAUAACUAUUAAAGAAGAAACGACUGACACUGAUAGCCAUAAAAAAGAAAUUAUGAAAGAAUCAGAUGAGACAAAUAGCGGACAAAAAAUAGAAACUUUAGUCUCAACAAUAUAUCCAGACAUAACUUUUGAUGAGUUGACUGCAGAAACCAAAAGUGAAAAUCAAUUAGAAUUGACUCCAAUUUCUUCAUUAUUGAAUCCUAAAGUAAAUGUGAGAGAAACAGACAAUUCAAUAGAUAAUGAAAUGUCAGAACCAAAUAGCCCGCCUCCGCCACCAGCGUUACCUCCCAGACCUCAAAUAAAGACAAUGAUAUCAUCCGAGUCAAUAACACUUCCUAACGGUGAAGUAUUGCCUCCCGGAACCAAACAAAUAAUAGUUCCUCCAUAUGUUCAUCCAAAUCAAUCUGAAGAUCCCACAAAAUUUACGGCCGAUUGGUAUUAUAAUGCGUUUAAUGGACAAAACACGGCACAAACUAAUGUUUCAUAAAUUUACUCAUUUAAAACAAAUUGAAAUUUAAGAUAAAUAUAAACUUUAUUAAAAAUUUAUCGUAAAAUAUUGUAUAAUAAACUUAAUUUAAUAUUUUCUUAAUUUAAAAUAACAAAUAAAAACAUUGAGAUUG